GUUUUCAAUCACAAAAUUGAAUGCCAUUAUUUAUUACAUUUAUAUACGGUAGUUACGGAACAAUGGAUUUCAUACUGUCAAUAUAUCAAAUUCAAAAUUUGGUUCGCUAUGAAUUUCUAAAUUACAGAGGCGAAUAUGAAUUCAGCAACUAAAGCAAUUCAAGGAAGAAAUCCUAUUAAGUUGAAGACCAACACGGUGGAAAAGAAACCCAAUUCAGAAACCUCAAAAGUCCCCUGUAAAAACCUUGUGCACGUUCUAACCUUAACUGACAGUCCUGUAGACAUUUCCACUUACAACUCUCUGCUGCAGGAUUCCAUUAAGAGGAAAUCCUUAUCACAAGGGAAAUUAGUCCAUGCCCACAUCAAUACAACAGGAUGCAUUCCCAACCGGUUUUUGUUAACAACUCUUCUCAACAUGUACGCCAAAUGUGGAAGCCUGGCAGAAGCUCGAAGAGUCUUCGAUCAGAUGGGAAAAAGAGAUGAAAUAACAUGGACUGGAAUGAUAGCAGCUUAUGCUAAAAAUGGUGUUUUUGAGGAAGCUCUGGGCUUGUUUUACGAAAUGCAAAAGAAAGGUAUGAAACCGAAUCAAUUUACCUUUGCGAGUGUAAUCAGAGCUUGUCCUAAUUUAGCCGUCCUUAAAGAUAUUCAUGAGCAGAUUGUUAACAAUGGCUUUGAGUCCGAUGCUUUCGUGGGGAGUUCCCUGGUUGACAUGUAUGGGAAAUUUGGAAAUUUAGAGAAUGCACGCGAAGUGUUUGAUAAAAUACCCGAACCGGAUUUAGUAACCUGGAAUGCCAUGGUGGCGGGAUAUGCGAGGAACGGGCAUCUAGAGGAGGCUCUGGAUUUGUUUCAGAAAAUGGAAAAGAGAGAUGUUUAUUCGUGGAAUGGGAUGAUUGCGGGAUAUGCACAGAAUGGGCUGGUUGAUAAGGCAAUGGACUUGUUCCAGAGAAUGCCUCAGAGAGACCAAGUUUCGUGGAAUAGUGUGAUUAGUGGGUACGCACAGAAUGGCCAGGUUGAGGAGACACUGAAACUGUUUGACAAAAUGCCUCGACGAGACGUCGUGUCAUGGAACACUAUGAUUGCAGCAUAUGCGCAGAAUGGGGAUAUUGACAAGGCUUGUGAGCUCUUUCAGAAAAUGCCUCAGCCCGACCUGGUGUCGUGGAAUUCCAUGAUCACAGUAUAUGCACAGAAUGGACGUAUUGACGAAGCCCUUGAACUCUUUCACAGGAUUGCCAAACCAAAUGUUGUAUCAUGGAAUGCAAUUAUUGCAGGACAUGCACAGAGUGGGAAUGGGCAGGAGGCCCUGAAGCUUUAUGACCAAAUGCACAGUGCAGGUGUGAAGCCAGAUGCUAAAACGUUUGCCACUGUCCUUUCUGCAUGUGGCGAACUGGCAGCUUUAGAAGAGGGAAUUGAUAUCCACAAGGAAAUAACAAAGGGGGGAUUUCAGUCAGAAAUUUUUGUGGCCAAUGCCCUUGUAGACAUGUAUGCAAAAUGUGGGAUCAUAGAGAAGGCCUGUGAUGUGUUUGACAAGAUGCCUCAGCGAAAUACUGUCUCUUGGACAUCAAUGAUUGCAGCUUAUGCUAUGCAUGGCCGUGGCAUUGAGGCUCUUGAAUUCUUUGAGAAAAUGCAACUCCUGGGCACAAAGCCAGACAAUGUCACAUUCAUUUGUGUUUUGGCAGCUUGCUGCCAUGCAGGUCUUGUAGAUAAGGGCUUGGAGUAUUUUGAUUGCAUGAAACAGGCUUACAAUCUCAAUCCUUCAAUGGAGCACUAUGCCUGCAUGGUUGACCUUCUUGGCCGUGCUGGGCGUCUUGAGGAGGCACAUGAUUUCAUCAACAAAAUGCCAAUAAAACCUGAUGCUAAUGUGUGGGGAUGUCUGCUUGGUGCCUGUAGGGUACAUAACAAUGUUGAACUUGGAGAAACAGUCGCAAAUCAUCUUUUUCAGUUGGACCCUGAUAAUGCUGCACCUUAUGUAUUGCUGUCAAACAUAUAUGCUGCAGCUGGCAGGUGGGGUGAGAUUGAAAAGGUAAGGAAUCUUAUGAAAGAAAAGAGUGUAAAAAAAACACCUGGAUGCAGUUGGAUUGAGGUCAAUAAGAAUAUACACACCUUUGUUGUGGGAGACAAGUCACACCCUCAAAUGCAGAAGAUUUAUGACGAGCUGGAAAGAUUGUCAACAGAGAUGAAGGAGGCAGGUUAUGUGCAAGACAAAAGAUUUGUCCUGAAUGAUGUUGAAGAUGAGCAAAAGGAACAAAUUCUUUGUCACCAUAGUGAAAAGUUGGCGAUUGCAUUUGGGCUUAUCAACACAGCUCCUGGGACACCCAUUCGCAUCAUCAAAAACCUGAGAGCAUGUGGGGAUUGCCACUCUGCUACUAAGUUUAUCUCCAAAAUUGUUGCCCGAGAAAUUAUUGUGAGGGACGCUAGCCGUUUCCACCAUUUCAAGGAUGGAGGAUGUUCCUGUGGGGACUACUGGUGAUGCAGAGUGAACUGGGUUUGAAGCAUAGACUUAUGUCAUAGCAUAUUUUUUAUGCAGGAUUGUAGCGAAUUGUUUACUAUUUAGUUUUUUGUUAUGAUGAAGAGGAGCGUUAUGCUUGUGUGAUCUAAGCUUCUAUGCUUUGGCAACCCUGCCAUCACAAGAAAUAUCAAGCAAGAAGUCCCAUCUAGCAAGUUGUGGAAUCAUGGCUGGUGUAUAUUAUUUAAAAUGAUGUUACAUUGAAUGGUCUUCUUCAAAUAAUUUUGUUGUUUAUAGGUUUAUGUCAUUUGUGAAAA